UCUUCUCAUUCCUUUUUUCUGGAAGUAAAAUUCGGCCGAUUUGGCUCUGUCGAAAUUCAAUUUGGGCUCGGUUUUCUAUUUCGAUUUCGAUUGAUGGUAAUAACUGAUUUGGAUUUGGAUUCGUGGCGUGCGUGCAGGGGUGGAUGGGCGCUGGCGGCAGGGUGGCCGUGCGGCGCGCCAAGAUGGACGACGACGACGACGAGUACGUGGCGGACGAGGACGAGGUGGAGGAGGAGUACGUCGCCGCCGCCUGCUCCGACGAGGACGCCGCUGCCGCCGCCGCCUCCGAGGACGAAGAGGACCCGGACCCCGACCACGAAUCUGACGCCGAUUUCGACGGGGACGAGGAGGAGGAGGCGGACGACGAGGACUUCGAGAUCGAGGCGCCGCGCCCUCGCCCGCGGCCCAGGCCCAGGCGGCGCCCGGCGCCAAAGGCCCGCGGCCGGGGCAGGAAGCCGGAUUCGUCCUCAUCCGACGACGAUUUCGACGAGGACCUGGAGAUCGAGCCGCCGCCGCCGCGCGCCAAGCCCAAGCCGAAGCAGAAGCGCGCGGCGGCCAAGCCACGCGCCCGACCCAGCAGGAAGGCGAGGAGGCCGCGCCAGCAGGAUGACGAUUCCGACGCCGAUUUCGACGAGGAGGACGAGGACCUGGACGACGAGACGUUCCGGAUCGACGCGCCGAGGCCCAGGCGGCCCGCCAGGGCUCGCGGCCGGGGCAGGAAGGUGAAGAAGCCGCGCGAUGAUUCCGACGAGGACGAGGACGAGGAUUUCGGGGAGGACGAGGGUUUCGAGAUCGAGGCGGCACCGCGGCAGAGGCGUACGGCCCCGGCUCGCUCCCGAAGAGGUACUAGGAAGGGGAAGCCGCGUGAUGGUUCUGACGACGAGGAUUUCGGGGAGGACGGGGAGCUGGGGGACGAGGGCUUCGAGAUCGAGGCACCACCACAGAGGCGGACGGCCACGGCUCGCUCACGAGCAGGCAGGAAGGGGAAGCCGCCUCGUCAUGAUUCUGAUGAGGAUUUUAGUGAGGACGAGGAAUUGGAGGAUGAGGAUUUCGAGAUCGACGCACCAAGGCAGAGGCGUCCGGCCGCGGCCCGCUUCCGAGGAGGCAGGAGGGGGAAGAAGGAGGACGAGUCUGAUGCCGAUUUCGACGCGGGGGAGGAAAAAAUGGAGAUCGAGUCAUGUCCAGCUGCGGUUCGCUCCCGAGGAGGCAGGAAGGGGAGUCAGGAGGACGAGUCUGAUGCUGAUUUCGACAUGGGAGAGGAGGAGCUUGAGACCGAGGCAUGUCCAACCGCGGUUCCCUCCUUGGAAUGCGGGGAGGACGAGUCCGAUGCGGGUUUCGCGGGGGAGGAGGAAGGAUCGUCGGAGGACGAGGUGUUGGAGGUCGAGACACAGCCAUCUGAGGUUCCUUCCCCUGUCAGGACAGGACAACAGGACGAUGACUCUGAUGCAGAGUUCAACGGAGAAGAGGAGUUGGAGGACGAGGGUUUGGAGACGGAGACGCCACGACCUGAGCAUCGGAAUGGGAGGCAUGAUGACGAGUUUGAUGAGGAUUUCUGCGAGGAGCAGGAGGAACCAGAGGAUCAGGAAGCAGAUGAGGAGUUGGAGACCGAGACGCUGCAGCUGAUGCAACCAGUCGUCGAGGGUCCUGGUUGGGGCAGGAAGAGAAAGCCGACAGGAUCUUGCCGGCCCAGACACGAGGAUGAUGAUGACUAUGAGGAGGAGAUUGAGGAUGAGGACGAAGACUUCGAUCCGGAGGUGGAUGAAGAGGAGGACAACGAGGAGGAAGAGGUCGCAGAAGACGAUGAGGAUUUGGAUGAAUAUGCCCCGACCCGCGCCAAAAAUGUCAGGCCUAAGAACCACUUGGCCAAGCGGAAGCCGGUGGCGGGGCGCCAGCAUCGUAAGAGGAGGAGCGGUUCCAAGGGAAAGGCAAGGAAGGGCACGUCAGCACAUCAGCGGAGAAGGAAACAAUGGGUGGCGGAUGACGAGGAGGAAGAAGAUGACGAUGAUUUUGUUGUUGAGGACGACGUGGAGGAAGAGGUGGACUACCAGCCAAGGAAGAAGGCUAAGGUUGCGGGGGAUGGCACAACAGAGCCACUUGCUGUUGGGGAGUCAUGGCCAUCGGUUGAGUCAGACACAUCAGAAUUUGAGUUUGUGACAUCUGAGGAGGAAGAUGCCAAGAAUGAAGAACCGAUUGCUGACUCUGUGAAGAUCAAGAGGAAGAAGGGCAGAAGGAAGAAGGGUUCUGAGUCAGACUCAUCCUCGGAUUCUGAUUAUGUCAUAUCAGAGGAGGACCUUAAGGAUUUGGGGGUACCUAGGCCCCAAGAGACAGUGCCGCAGCCUCAUCUACUCACAGCACGGCGGACCAUUGUUCCGAGGAGGGUUGAUGAGAAGGGGAAAGAGCCAGAGGAGGCUUUGAAACAGAUAUGUGGGAUCUGCCUCUCAGAGGAGCAGAGAGCCACAAUACAGGGCGUGCUUAAUUGCUGCUCACACUACUUCUGCUUUGCAUGCAUCCUGGAGUGGUCAAAGGUGGAGUCGAAGUGCCCAUUGUGUAAAAGGCGCUUCAAUACAGUUACCAAGUCAUCAGUGGCAGAUGUAGGAUCAGGGUUGAGAAAUGCUGCUAUUAGGGUAGAAAAACGCGAUCAGGUAUACCAGCCGACUGAAGAAGAAAUGAGGCGUUGGUUAGAUCCAUAUGAAAAUGUUGUAUGCAUAGAGUGCAAUCAAGGUGGUGAGGACAAUCUCAUGUUGCUGUGUGAUAUUUGUGAUUCCUCUGCACAUACUUUUUGUGUUGGUCUGGGAAGAGAAGUACCAGAAGGGAAUUGGUAUUGUGGUGGAUGUAGAUUCAGUGUGGAGGGAUCUUAUGCACAAACACAGGAUAGAGUGGUUCACCGUGGAGAAAGUAAUAUGAACACUGCUGACGGCAGUUCUAGUUCAUUUGGCAGAACUGGGGUAUUCCAGAGACCACCACCACUAAACAUUGAUCAGCCUUCUUUGCAAGGGUUUGAUCUGAAUCUCUCUCCAAUAGAAACCCCUGAUGAAGAUAAGCGAGCUGAGUCACAUGUCCCAGCGGAACCUGUAUCGACCCCUACAGGGAGACACGCAACUCUGGAUAGGAGGCGUGCCUUGAAUCGACGUAUUCGUAUUCUUCUAUUUAGACCUAGGACUGCAACUAAUGCGUGGCAGAAUGGCCUUCAGCAUGACAGAACCACACCAGGAACUGAGCAAAAUCAACGGAGCACCUGCACUUCUACAGAAGAUAGCCCAUCCUGUUCCAGGGCUGAUUUGUUGCAGAGCCAACAGAGUAGCUCACAUUUUGUUCAGUCUGCAAACAAUCUUACUCAGUGCACCUAUGAGGGUGGAAACAAUUUCCGGGAAGUAGAAAAUGCCAAGGAGCAGCUGAUUCCUAUUGUCAAGAAGAGCAUCAAGCACAUUUGUGCUCAGUCCCCAUUGGAUCAAUCUUCUUUCAUGAAUGUAGCACGGCGAGCAACAAAUACUAUCUUAGCAUUGUCUGGGAUUGAGCACAACAGGGAUAGGGUUGUUACUACACCUUUUCCUUUUCCUAGCCAUUGCUGGCAUGCCUGUGAUGGCCGAGAACCAGCAUUUCUCAUGAGCACUAUCUGCUCGGCAUGCUUCAACUCUUUUGUUUGCAAGGUCGUCGGUCACAUCGCAAAUAUGUUUUCCUGAAGUUGAUGGUGCUGGAGGUCCCUGAUGAUAGGUGUUUUGAGAGGCUGGUGCAAUAAUUUUGGAAGCAGUUUGAACUGGCGCGCGAUCUGCAUCCGAAAUUUGCUGGUAUCCAGUAUUGCGAGAUCUGCCUGUCAUACUGGUGCCUGAGUACUUGCUCGGGUGCAGCCGUUCAGCCUGCCAAUUGGGCAGAUCUUUCAAAGCCCAAUCUUCGGAAGGACUUGGAUAUCUAUGUGGAAUUUUAUUCGAUACCCGUAUUUUUGAGUUUUUUGCUGUGGUUU